AUGUUUGCUGGCAUUGGUAUGCAGCAGUUUUGGAAGGAAUGUUGGAAGGUGCAACAACAACUCAUCAAAGGAAUAGAUUUAUCAACGGGUCAACAGCAACCGACAUCAUCAAAUGAGUCUGAAAUUACAUCUUCAAGAUCAAUAACUCCCGAAAAUAUUGCCGGAGAAGAUAAUAUUCACUUGACACUUCCUGAUGGUGAUGACAAAUCGAUGCAGCAUACCCAGCAGCUAAAUCUUGGCAAUUUUCUCAAUGUUAACUGCGAUGAGCCUAAAGGAGGUAGUGAUAAACUAGAAGGCAAAAGAAGACGAACGCGAACAAACUUCACGGGUUGGCAGUUGGAAGAGCUGGAAAAUGCAUUUGAAGCUAGUCAUUAUCCAGACGUUUUCAUGCGUGAGGCAUUGGCAUUACGCUUGGAUCUUCUUGAGUCACGUGUGCAGGUUUGGUUCCAAAACCGACGAGCUAAAUGGCGCAAAAAGGAGCAAAUGAAAAAAGCAAUGCAACGAUCUAUCCAUGCUGAUGAUGCAACAAGCUCUAAUAUAGCGGAUAAAUACGGAAGUGGAGGUGAAACUAGAAGCAGCGAGGUCAAAGACAAUAAGACCAUUUCUCCAACAAAGAGUGCAUUUUCCAUCGAUAGCUUGUUAGCUACUUCACGUGUUCCACGCGGAAGGCGACCAAACGCAAAGUAUCCACGUGUACAGGCAUGCAAAAGUAUGUCACCAUUUAUGCUACCAUUAUUUCCAAUCACACAACCAGCUGGUAUAACUAUACGUGAAAGUUCACCACUUUCGCCAGUACUUUCACGAUCUUCACCAGUACCUUCACAGUCAUCCUUAUCAUCAGCUGGUAAUGGCACAGGUGAAAAGCAACUUUGUACCGAUGAUUUCUGA